GUCCAAUCAGAGAGUAUCUGUCAAUGUGAGCGUGCAGCACUGAUCUCCGUCCCCCGUGAGCAGAUUUUCCCCCCCCAGAAGAAUAUCUUUGUGACUAUGAGAGAUGGGGAAGUAGCCCUGCAUGUUUCGCAUGAUCUGCCCCCUCUCUGUCCAUACGCUGGGAUUUUCCAGAAUAGCCCGGGCCCUGCGUCCCCGAGUCGGGAGGUACGGCGGCCCCUGUGCUGACCUUACUGUCUACUCUGGGUUAUCUAGCAGACGGGGGGGCCGACGCACGCUGGGAUUUGUCAUGUCCGGUAAUGACGACCGCGUUGGGUCUGAGGCUCACAGACCUACCAGUGAUGGAGGUUGUAUAAGCAAUCCGGACGCGAUCUGCUUGAAUUCCUCCUAUACCAUGGAGAAGUCAGACGAACGGACAGAAGUUGUCCUGUUGGCUACCGGCUCAUUUAACCCGAUCACUGUAAUGCACCUGAGGCUGUUUGAACUGGCGAGGGACCAUCUGCAUUCCACAGGAAACUAUAAGGUAGUAAAAGGUAUUAUAUCUCCUGUGAGCGACGGAUACAAAAAGAAAGGCCUAGUCGAGGGGCCACACCGGCUGUCAAUGGCCCAACAGGCGACUCAGACAUCAGAUUGGAUAAAAGUGGACCCGUGGGAGUGUUUGAAAAAGGACUGGACUGAGACUGUAGCAGUUUUAAGGCAUCACCAGCAGCAGCUUAGGGAUAUGACUAAUGAAGGGAACCAGGAUAAGAAAUCUGGGUACAAGAAGGGUAACAAGAGGAAAAGGGAAAACUGCCAAGACCAUAACUGUUCAGAGAGCAGAGCUGUCCCUCAGGUGAAGCUGCUGUGUGGGGCGGACAUGUUGGAAUCGCUUGGAACCCCCAACCUGUGGAAGCCUGAACACAUAGUAGAGAUCGUGUCCUCUUUUGGUCUGGUCUGUAUCACCAGGAUAGGGAGUGACGCACAGAAGUUCAUCUACGAGUCGGACGUCCUCUGGAAAUACAGGCACAAUAUUCACUUGGUGGAAGAGUGGAUCACCAACGACAUCUCUUCCACCAAAGUCCGGCGGGCCUUGCGGCGAGGGAUGAGUGUCCGGUAUCUUUUGCCUGACCUAGUACUGGACUAUAUCAAAAACCACGACUUGUAUAGCGAGGAGAGUGAGGAGAAAAACUCAGGCCUUAUUCUCGAGCCCCUGGUGAGGAACACCAAGGACCUUCAAUAAUGAUCCUUUUAUGACUUCUUUUCUGAGACUGUUACAAAGUUGAAACUAUCUUGCGUUAUAGAAUAGGCUCUUUGCACAUUUCUGCAGCUGUGUGGUUACACUAAUCUCAUCUCUUUAAUUGGGCAUUUGCCAAUAUGCUUGGCCAACAGACCUGCAGCCCUUUUAUUUGGAGCAAAAACAGAAAACAGAAAUGAUGGAAUUCCAGUCCGGUUUUUCCGCCCUCACCAACGUGACUUUCGGGCCCCAACUAAUUGAAGCCGGCUGAGAUUCAAAACCAUGUAUGGUCAGGCUGAAUUUAACAAGUUUAUUGAUUGAUCGACUUGGGUGCAACCAACCUGCCAGAUCUUACAUGCAAUUAUUUCUAUUAACUGGUAUAUAUAUAUAUAUAUAUAUAU